AUGCCCUAUCCACAAGCACCCCAGAAUGAGCAGGAGGAGCCGCUGCCCGACAUCGGUGGUAGCCACCAGCGACCUCACGCACUUUCCGAGUACAACUACCCUCUCCCUCGGCCGCUCUUCCGACACCGAACCCAUAAGAUGGUGCAGCUUACUGAAACCGGCAACUUCACGGUCGAGAUUCCCGUUCCAGAUGACCUGCUCAGCCGAGCGGCCUACACCGAGGACAAGGAGUUUACGCACAUGAAAUACACGGCCGUGACGGGUGAUCCAGACGAGUUUGUCAAGAACGACUACACGCUUCGGCAAGUGGAGAUGGAGCGAGAGACCGAAAUCUUCAUCGUCGUGACCAUGUACAACGAGGACGAGACGCUCUUCCUUCGGACUUGGAAGAGCAUUGUCAAAAACAUUGCCCAUAUCUGCUCGAAGCGCAAGUCGGACGUGUGGGGCCCCGAUGGCUGGAAAAAGAUCGUUGUCUGCGUGGUAUCGGACGGCCGAGAGAAGGCAAGUUCAAUCCAUCCAAAAACCCUGAGCGCCAUCGGCAUCCUGGGCGCCUAUCAAGAAGGUGUCAUCAAGACCCAUGUCGACACGACAGGAACCUCGGCACACGUGUUCGAGUAUACGACGCAAAAAUACAUCGACACAGACUACAAAAUCAAAGGUGCGAACAUGUUCCGCAAGUACGAUCUGGUGCCCAUACAGCUCCUGUUUUGCCUCAAGGAGAAAAAUGCCAAGAAGAUCAACUCCCAUCGCUGGUUCUUCAACGCCUUUGGCCGGGUUUUGAACCCCAACGUCUGCGUUCUGAUCGAUGUCGGCACCAAGCCCUCGGACAAGAGCAUCUACAAGCUGUGGAAAGCAUUCCACAAUGACAGCAUGGUCGGAGGCGCUUGUGGCGAGAUCUAUGUCGAGAAGGGCCCGUUCUGGUACAAGUUGCUGAAUCCGCUCGUGGCGGCGCAGAAUUUCGAGUACAAGAUGAGCAAUAUCUUGGACAAGCCCUUCGAAUCGUGCUUUGGAUUCAUUUCGGUCCUCCCUGGUGCAUUCUCGGCCUACCGUUACAAGGCUCUCCGCAGUAGUAACGAGGAAGCCGGUCCGCUGGCCAAGUACUUCCUGGGCGAGAAAAUGCACGACACGGCCAGUGUCGGCACUGCCAAUAUGUAUCUGGCUGAGGACCGAAUUCUUUGCUUUGAGCUCGUGACGAAGCGGAAGGAAAGAUGGAUCCUCAAGUACAUCAAGGACGCCCAUGCCGAAACAGACGUGCCAAAUACCCUUGCCGAGUUCAUAUCCCAGCGCCGUCGGUGGCUCAACGGCUCGUUCUUUGCUGGCGUCCACUCCAUCACCCGCUUCUAUCAGAUAUUCCGGUCAGGACACAGCGGUGCCCGCAAGUUUGGGCUGCUGAUCCAAACGCUAUACAAUGUCAUCAACUUGAUCUUCAACUGGUUUUCUAUUGCCAACUUCUAUUUGAUAUUUUAUUUCCUGGUCGGUGGCACCUUGACCAAUCCCAACGAUCCGCUCUACAAGGCGUGGCCCGGCAUCGCAUAUCUGUUUGUGGGCUUUCAGCAGCUGUACCUGUUUGCUCUGCUGCUGUGCUUCCUCGCGGCCCUGGGAAACCGGCCACAGGGCACCAGAAUUGUGUAUUUUAUGUGCUUUUUCCUGUUUGGUGUCAUCAUGCUGAUAUCCCUGAUCGUGUCGGGCUAUGCAAUGUAUCGCUCGUUCCCACAAACGCCAGAAGAAUGGGGCGGUUCUUCCGCUCUCAUCGUCCUGUUCAGCCGACCGGUCUUCCGCGAUCUACUGGUCUCAAUCUCCGCAACCUACGGCGCAUACUUCAUAUCCAGCUUCAUAUACCUCGAUCCCUGGCAUAUGUUCACAUCGUUCCUGCAGUACAUGGUGCUGCUGCCUUCGUUCACAAACAUCCUGAUGGUCUAUGCCUUUUGCAACCUUCAUGACAUCUCCUGGGGAACCAAAGGGGACACAAUCACGCCGACAUUUGUGGCGCCUGUCAUCGUCAAGCGCGAGGAAGACGGCCGGGUGGUGGCGGAUGUGGAUCUGCCUGUCGAGAAGCAGGACAUCAACUUGAAAUACCAAGAGUUUAUGGCCGCACUCGGCAAGGACAACAGCAAGAAGAACAAAAAGACCAAGAAUAGCAAGAAGGCCAAGACUGAAAAGGAGCAGGAAGACUACUUUCGCUACUUCCGGACCCGCGUGGUGCUCUUCUGGAUGGCGUCCAAUCUGCUGCUUGUCUCGGCCCUGACGACUCCCAGUGUCGCGCAAGUUCUGAACAUCAGCACAAGCGGCAGCAACACAAAUAACCCCUACCUGACAGUCAUCAUGUGGUCGGUGGCCAUUUUGAGUGUUAUGCGAUUUAUCGGUAGCAUCGUGUUUCUCGUCAAGAAGUAG